GGUGUGAACGAUUCUUUCAGACAGUGGUUUAUGGUCUAAACAAAGCGCGGUUACAAAUGUUUUACGACAACAUAGCGAAGUGCAGAGAAGAAUUGGGCGACACGGCGACUGAACUCAUGGUCGGAACAAUUAUAUGUGCGUUAGAGAAAGAUGGCCAGAUCUUUAACUCUAACGGUGAGUACAUAAAGGAUGCAUCAAUGCAGGCACUGGAAGACUCUAUGUCCGACGCAAACACAUUGGAAAAAGUACAAGGGAUGUUCACCAAAUGUUACGAUGAUGCGGUUCAAAGUGGAUCCACCGGUCGGGAACAGACGAUGAAAAUUAGCAAUUGCGUCUUGCCGUUUGUGUCUCUCUUUGACAAGCUAUAGUGAAAGCGACUUGCAUAUGUUCUUCCAUAUAAUACGGAAUGCGCUUUUAACCUUUUUAUUCAUUGUGCUUUCACAUGGGAUUCUUUGUAUAAACUUACUUAUACAUUAGUUCGACUUUUUCUGUUGAAAUGUAUGUUCGUUAUGGUGAUUCAAUAAAAUGUAGUUAAACUAAAGGAA